GAACAAAAUAAUCCCUUCACUUUACUUAAGGUUUCGGGCAUAAUAUUUCAUUUUUCGCCUCACCGAAAGAAACUUAAGUGUUAUUGCGAUAACACAAGUUGCCUAUGAGAAGGUAGUUAAACGAUUACGUAAACGGAAAAAAAGUGCAUACAAAUAAAGUACUGCGGAGGAAUUUUUCUCAAGCUGUGAGACGCCGAGUAAGAGUGAAUGCGAUCGAGAGGGGCUCAGAGAAUUGUCCUUUGUGCAGGGGACUUUCUUUAGCCCCAGGCCCCAGCCUGCCUCUGUCGUCAGCAGAGAGAUGGAAACUUUGACUAGUUCCACCCUGCCUCCCCUUUUUGCAGAUGAAGAUGGCUCCAAGGAGAGUAGUGAUCUGGCUACAACAGGGCUGACCCACCCAGAGAUUCCAUAUAGUAGUGGAGCCACAUCAUCCACCAACAAUCCAGAAUUUGUGGAGGGUAUCUCUCAAGGUCAGUUGCUUCAGAAUGAGCCUUCAAACACAGCAGAAGGCAAUGAGCAGAGGCAUGAAGAUGAGCAAAGAAGUAAACGAGGGGGGUGGUCCAAAGGAAGAAAGAGGAAGAAACCUCUUCGAGACAGCAAUGCACCCAAAUCCCCUCUUACAGGAUAUGUUCGGUUCAUGAAUGAGCGUCGAGAACAGCUUCGAGCAAAGAGACCAGAAGUCCCAUUUCCAGAAAUCACAAGGAUGUUAGGCAAUGAGUGGAGUAAACUGCCUCCUGAGGAAAAACAGCGCUAUCUUGAUGAAGCAGACAGAGAUAAGGAGCGUUACAUGAAGGAACUGGAGCAGUAUCAGAAGACUGAAGCCUACAAGGUCUUCAGUAGGAAAACUCAAGACCGUCAGAAAGGCAAAUCUCAAAGGCAAGAUACAGCCAGACAGGCCACUCAUGAUCAUGAGAAAGAAACAGAGGUAAAGGAGCGGUCUGUUUUUGACAUCCCUAUAUUCACAGAAGAAUUCCUGAACCACAGCAAAGCUCGGGAGGCAGAGCUCCGCCAGCUUCGCAAAUCCAACAUGGAAUUUGAGGAGAGGAAUGCAGCCCUGCAGAAGCACGUGGAGAGCAUGCGCACCGCAGUGGAGAAGCUGGAGGUGGAUGUGAUCCAGGAGCGCAGCCGCAGCACUGUCUUACAGCAGCACCUGGAGACCCUACGGCAGGUGCUGACCAGCAGCUUUGCCAGCAUGCCCUUGCCUGGAAGUGGAGAGACACCUACACUGGACACCAUUGACUCAUACAUGAACAGACUGCAUAGUAUUAUUUUAGCUAAUCCCCAAGACAAUGAAAACUUCAUAGCUACAGUUCGAGAAGUUGUGAACAGGCUUGAUCGUUAAGGAAUGGUCUUAGAGCUCCGAGAUGUUCUGUAAGUGGUUAGAUUUGUGAGGAAUGAGAAGCCAUCUGUGGAUAUUUGAACUGAGUGGAGGCAGAAGAGUACAGAUUACUCUGCUUAUGCAGGAGCUAUCAGCUAUGUGUUAAAUGCCUUCACCCCAGGAAGCCAUAUGAGGAGCAGCAAAAGGAAUAUUAAGAACAUGUUUAUGAACUUCCUUUGGAAUCACCCUUGCGAAGUUUUGAGUGUGUGCAACCACUCUGCAAAGUCUUCAGUUUCCUAUCUGCUUUUCUGGAACUGCAUAUAUGCUGCUGACAUCUUCUGCAGUAGAAAGGAAGACUUCUCAUUGUUCUACUUCAGAUUGGACCUUUUAAUCAGUGACACUCUGGUUUUCUUAUCUACCAGUCACUUUUUUAAUGCAUUUGGGAGUUAUCUUUUUAUUCCCUUUACCCCCACAAAAUUACACAUCUCCAUUUUCUGACCUCUGGGCAUUGUUGAUCAGCAGGGCACUGAAGGAGAGUUUCUCUUACUGGACAGACCCAGUCUUCCACCAUCUUUGCACUGCUGUGACCCCAGAGAAAUGGGCUUCUUGUUGACAGUGGUCUGUGCAGGGUGCUGUUUCCUGUGCGACACAGUGCCUGGUGGGUGCCAGCCCUCACUCCAGCCCUUGUGGAGGCUUUGUGAUUGCUGCCCCAAGGAUAAUACGCUUUCCUUCCUCCUCGGUACUGCAUGCUGUUUUCUGAGCUUUGCUCUUGCACAUACCCUGCAUUCCAGCCCGAGCAAGGUUGUUCUGUUUCUAUCUGUUGACAAAUGUCUUGUGGAACUUUUUUUUUUUUUUUUUAAGGAAAAGAUAAUUGGUAAAUAGGAGAGAACAGGAAAAGUAGUUUCUCUUUUGGCAUUGAAAAGAAAACCUAAAGUUUAUCACAAGUAAAAACUGACUCUGUCUGCUCCAGGUAUACUGAUUCAUGGGUGUAGAUACGUAGAGAUGUCAUCACAGGGGAAUUCUCAAGUCCAUUGUCUUCCUUCUGUAGCCACACUGUAGAAUCUAUGUCAAAAGGACAGACUUUUCUUUUUUCUCCCCCCUUAGUAAGUGAAAUUAUUUUUAAAAAACACACAUACACAGAAAGGGAAGAGGGGCUUCUGAUUCUUACCUAAGGGUUUGGUUUUGUCUUGAUGCUCUACAGCACAAGGCUGGCAUUUGCAGCUCUGACUUUUGGAACCAAAGCCAGGCAUGCUGAGACCAUUUUCCAGGCACCACACCACUAAAGCAGGUGGAAGUGUGGCCUCUUCACAACAUGCUCACAGGUCAGGGUGCAAACCAGAAACCCCCUGUCACACUGCUGCACCAUCCUGUCUUCCCACCAUCUCCCUACCUGAUUUCAAUAGCUCAGAGGAAAUAAAAGAACAACAAAAAACAGCCUUUGUAAUUUUUUUUUUUUUUUUUAAG